AGUUUACAGCUUCGGUGCUACAUGACAGACAUCUACUGUUUCUCUUUAACUACAGCUUCUGUUCUGAAAAGAUGUGUUUCUUUUGAAAAAGUAAUUAUCAACAGUGUCAGAUGUACAUUACACCAGAAUCCCAUAAAUCAUAAAGAAAAUAUUAGUUGGUCCAGUGUCAUCAUGUAUCGCGGAUUUGGUGAUACUAUUUAGAGUUCAUGUAUAGAUUCAGCCUUUUGUUUUUGAUGCAUUUAAUCAAGCUCUUCUUCCAUGAUAGUGUGUAACAUAUGCACUAACAAGUAAAGCUUUUAAUGCUAUACAUUAUAAUCGACUCAUAUGCAGACGAUUGUUCAUAUACGAAAAACGCCGGAGACCCGUAGAGUGAUCGAUAUUUCGGAUAUCAAACGAGGGAGGAAAAUCCAAUCGAUACAUGUCAAAUUGACAGAAAUUCAAAAAAAUCGGCAGAGGUAGAGGAUAAGGCGCACAUUCUUGCUGUGAGGAACAUUACGUUACAAUUAAUCGUACAUUUAUGCCAGACCCCUAAGGAAAAAAGGAAAAAACAACAAUUUUAUAAUCGUAUGAUUUACUAUUGUACCGAAUCAGAUACAUGUUGUUCACGCGCUUACUAACUUUUGUUAUUAAGCACAUACAAAAAAAUAUCGUAUCACCCACCCAAACCGCUCCAAAACCUGCCGGCUGCAUGUAGACAAUCUAUGCUGUUUGUAACCCUCGUAGACAAUAUUCUGUAUAUGAAGCGGACUAUGCAAGUGAGAGCAGCUGAAAAGGUCAUAGUCUGGGGUAGGCCUAUAGUCAGCUGAAAUGCCGAAAAUAAACAUCGUUUCCCCCACCUGGGUACACCUUCUAUCCAAUGUGAUGCGUUCGUAGAGGUUUGCCAAAUGAGUCUCGAAUAUCCCUUCAAAAAUAAACCGACUAGUCCGCGUCCUUAGCUGCACGCGAUCACGGUACGGAAGAGGACAAGUACCGUGAUCGGUAACGAUUACUAUUAAUUCGUUUCCGAUCUGUCAGAUUUUAAAGCACUAUGGCCUCACAUGUUCGAAGACUGGCAGUUAGUGGACUGGCUUUUGGAGCUGGAGCAUACGCUGUUACGACCUUUCUUAAAGAAAAUGAUUUGAAUGUACAAGCUGCUGAAGUGAAAAACAAACCGCGAGCAAAAAGACACCUACCACCACGAUCAGAUCAAAUUAAGUCAUUGCAGUCAGAAGAUUUUGAUGUACUAAUAAUUGGCGGUGGUGCUACGGGCUCAGGUUGUGCACUGGAUGCUGUUACUAGAGGUCUGAAGACAGCACUGGUGGAAGCUGAUGACUUUGCUUGCGGCACAAGUAGCCGCAGUACGAAACUCAUUCAUGGCGGUGUUCGCUAUCUGCAAAAGGCCAUUAUGAAUUUUGACGUUGAGCAGUAUCGUAUGGUAAAAGAAGCCCUCCAUGAGAGAGCUAACAUGUUACAUUCGGCACCACAUUUAACUCGACCACUACCAAUUAUGUUACCAGUGUACACGUAUUGGGAAAUUCCAUACUAUUGGUUUGGCAUCAAAAUGUACGACUUCGUUGCUGGGACAAAAACUGUUAAGAGUUCAUACUAUCUGUCAAAAUCUAAUGCACUUGAGCUGUUCCCAAUGCUGCAGGGAGACAAGCUACGUGGAGCUAUUGUAUAUUAUGAUGGCCAACAAGAUGAUGCACGCAUGAAUCUGGCUAUAGCUCUGACGGCCACAAGACAUGGAGCAACAGUAGCAAAUCAUGUUCGUGUGACAAGCCUUUUGAAAGACAAAGACAAAGAUGGGAAAGAAAUUCUGUGUGGAGCACAUUUGAAAGAUGAACUGACUGGUCAAGAAUGGGAUGUGAAAGCAAAAUGCAUAAUUAAUGCUACAGGGCCAUUUACGGACCAUAUACGAAAGAUGGCUGAUGCUAAGGCAAAAGAAAUAUGCUGCCCUAGCUCGGGGGUUCACAUUGUGCUUCCCGGUUAUUAUAGUCCAGAUCAGAUGGGUCUCUUGGAUCCCAAUACUUCUGAUGGACGUGUCAUUUUUUUCCUCCCAUGGCAAAAGCAUACAAUAGCAGGAACAACUGACCUGCCAUGCCAGGUCACAGCACAUCCCAAGCCAACUGAGGAUGAAAUCAUGUUCAUAUUGGAAGAAGUGAAGAAUUACCUUAAUCCUGAUGUGGAAGUGAGAAGAGGAGAUGUUCUAUCAGCUUGGAGUGGAAUAAGGCCACUGGUAUCGGACCCAAAUAAGGAAGACACACAGUCAUUGGCAAGAAAUCACAUAAUUCAUGUCAGUGACAAUAAGCUUGUGACAAUUGCUGGAGGCAAAUGGACAACUUACAGAGCAAUGGCUGAACAUACAAUUGAUGCAGCUAUUAAAGCGUGCAACCUGAAGCCAGUUCAUGAGAAGUCUCAAACUGAUGGACUGCUCAUUGAGGGAGCUCACGGAUGGACACCUACCAUGUACAUUAGACUUGUGCAGGACUUUGGUCUUGAAUGUGAAGUUGCUCAACAUCUUGCUAAUUCCUAUGGUGACCGAGCCUUCGCAGUUGCAAAGUUGGCAUCCCUCACAGGGAAACGGUGGCCUAUUAUUGGGAAGAAGGUACACCCGGAGUUUCCUUACAUUGAUGCAGAGAUCCGAUAUGCAGUAAGAGAAUAUGCUUGCUGUGCUGUUGAUGUGAUUGCAAGACGGCUGCGGUUAGCUUUCCUCAAUGUCCAGGCUGCUCAGGAAGCUCUUCCUGGUAUUGUUGACAUUAUGGCAGAAGAAUUAAAGUGGGACGAAAAAAAGAAAAAGGAGGAAAUAGCACUUGCCUCAGAAUUCCUUGCAAAUGAGAUGGGCCAAAUGGUCAACAGAGCUUCAAGAGACAAAUUACCUAUCAAUCUUAGUAAAGAAGAAAUUCAAACAUACAUAAAGAGAUUCCAGAUAAUUGAUAAAGAUCGUAAGGGAUAUGUAUCGAUCAAUGACAUCAGACGAGGACUGAAGGAACUAGAAAUUCGCCUGACUGACGAGGAAAUUCACAACGUACUAACUGAAGUUGAUACAGAUUGUCAUGGAAGAAUAGAAUUAGCUGACUAUAUUAAGAUGAUGUCUGCUAUCAAGUCUGGACAUGUAACAUACUCUCGUUUUGCUCGAAUGGCAGAAAUGGAAGAAGAGCAUCACGAACGAGAACGUCUAAAGAAACAGAUUUCAGUGGAGCGCAGUGGAGGAGGACUGUAAUGAUGUGUAAUUUUUUCUAUUGUUUAUAUGGCUUUAACGCUGCUUACAGUAGCGACAAAUGUCUGACAAAUGCACUUUUCUCCUCUUCCUAUCAUACAGAGGGAACCUUAUUUAUUAAAAAAACUAUACAAAGAAAUAACUCUCAGUUUUUAAGAUGAAAUUUAUAAGUAAGUUCAGGUUUUGAGCUCUUUAAUUUUGAGAGUUUAAAUAUGUUAAUACUCAAGAGUUUAUUGAGUUAUGCUGUGUGAAGAGACUAUGUAAAUAAGCUACUGUGGCUAAAAGACAAGUUUCGUAAUCAUAAGUAUUUAUAUAAAUGCAAACACUAAAGUGUGUCUGUAACUUAUAUUUUUGUAUAUAUGCAGGAUCUGAUAUUUUGUCACCAUCUAAAUGUACGAUUUUCGUGAAGAAUCAAACUAUUUUGGCAGCAUUUAUUUGCUAUUCUCAUUUUCAGUUGACAUAAAUACAUCAUAAGUUUGCUAUUACUGAGUAUGAAAUUUGCCUGUUAACAGACAUUAACUUAAAAAACAACUGAGUACUUCCUAUAAGAUAAAUAACUUUUUUAUCUACAUUUCUCAUGCUAGAAACAUGGAAGACUCUAGUGCUUAUUGUGAAAGUAUUCACAAUAACUGUUUCAUAGACAAAUCUACACAUUGCAGUACCAGAGCAGUACGUGUUUGAAACAGCGUCUCCAUUGUUGUCAGCUUAAUAUUGUAAAUUAUUUACUGUCCUUAGAGGCAUGUAAUAAUCUCUGUUUACAGUUAAUUACAAAUGUCUAUAUUUUUCAAUUGAAUUUUUGAGAGCUGUUAGAAAAUAUGUGCUGAAAGAAAUAUUUUAGCAGAUACUAUAUUCAUGGCAGUAUAUGCUGUUUAUUUAAAUAAGAUGCUUAAAGCAAAUCCUAAUACACCAGAUUAAACUGUGUAACACAGAGUUUUUAUAGCUUUUUCAUGUAAAAAAUAAUAUUUUGUAUAGUAUAAUGUGUUUACAUAUUGCAUACUGAAUUUAACAGCUGUCAUUUGAUACAUUCUGUGCAUUAUCAUCUUAUAUGCGAGAACUGCUACAACAUGAUUUUAAAAUCAGGCAUCCUGCAAAUGGAAGCUCUUUUUGUUGGUCCCAGUAUGAAAUGUUUGUUGUGACAUAGUGUAACCCUCAGAGUUAGACGAUUGUUUUUAUUUUGUGUUCCUGUGUGUGUGUUUGUGUGUGUGUGUGUGUGUGUGUGUGUGUGUGUGUGUGUGUGUGUGUGUGAAGUACGGAAAGUAUUAUUACAAGAGUUAUCUUGCUUCACAUUUUCUGAAGAAAAUGAUCUGUGAGAUUAUUGAUUUUAAAUGUUGCUGAAUGACCUAAUUCUCAUUCCAUUAGUACUAUUACUAUCCUUUCCUGUUUUUGUCUUUGACCUAAUAUCUGUCUCUAAUUUAAAUUAUUUAUUUAUUUAUCCAUGUGCCCAACCUAUGCCUCUGUGAUAUGAAUGUUCUUGUAUUAUAAAUCUUGUAAUUCAAUAUUGACUGAUCAGUUAUGUACAAAUACUAAGUCUAUAUGAAAAGUUUUCAUGUGCUUUAUAGCAUGGUUUUAAGACGUCUAUAAUAUGAUUUUCACUGAAACUAAAAACAUGAAACAUGAGUUAGAGACUAAAUUGAUGUUGUGGCUACUAUAGGCAAUUAAUCAGUCAAUAAACAUGAAGGAAGGAGA